AUGUUGGGAUUUCGUCGCAACCUUUCCGCGCAGGACGUGAUGCUGCAGCUCAAACACCAGAUCAUAGACGACACUUCUCGUUCCACCAAGGCGAUUCUCGGCCUCGAUCUGAAAAAGGCUUUUGACAGUGUCGAGCACGCGGCGAUUCUCGACCGUGUCCGAUCGCUGGGAUUAGGCCAAAGAAUGUAUAACUAUAUACGCGAUUUCCUCACGGGCAGGCGUGGGAGCGCCGUCGUCGGCAACGCGGAAUCAGAGCAAUUCGAGACGGGCCCGAUGGGUACGCCGCAGGGCUCUGUCGUGUCACCCAUGUUGUCUAAUCUCGUCCUUCUUGGGCUUCAGGAAAAACUAGCUACAAUAGAGGGACUGCAUCACAGCCUCUAUGCGGACAACAUCACCCUCUGGGUCCCCCGAGGAGGAUGUGACGGCAACGUAGAACGAACGCUUCAGAUGGGCGUGGACGCGGUCCAGGAGUUCUUGCGAGGCACGGGCCUCGAAUGUUCGGCGGCCAAGUCCGAGCUAUUGCUCUACAGACCCACGAGCAGGGGCCGCAAAACCGUGCUUCCCGGCGGAGGGAGAGCAGACAUUAGAGUAGUAACGGCGGACGGCGUUCCCAUACCGAGCGUAGAGCAUAUAAGGAUAUUGGGACUACACCUGCAGGCCAACGGUCACAACGGUGAGAUGGUACGAAGACUUAGACGCUCAGUAGACGACACGAUUCGACUACUCCGCCGCAUAACGAACAGACGCAGCGGUAUGCGGGAAAGUUGCGCGAUCCGCCUCGUACAGGCGUACGCGAUCAGUCGCAUAACGUUCGUAGCCCCUUUUCUAAAGUGGCUGGCGUCUGAACGAAACAAGAUCGACUGCGUGACACGCAAAGCGUUCAAGAGGGCGGUCGGCAUCCCUGUCAAUGCGAGCACGGACACGUUCUUCGAGCUGGGCCUGCACAACACCCUGGGCGAACUGAUCGAGGCGCACAACAUCGCACAAUACGAGCGACUGUCUAAGUCCAAGACGGGCAGGCGCAUCCUCGAGUCACUCGGCAUAACAUACCACGCACAGUGCAGGGAGAAGACGAUGGUUCCGAUCACAGUCCGCGACCGUCUCACCGUCCCGCCGCUCCCCAAGAACAUGCACCCGACGCACCACGUCGGGCGCCGCAACAAAACAGCGAGCGCCCUGCAAAGAAUGUAUGGCAACAGCGAGGAGGCGGUGUACGUGGACGCCGCGCGAUACCCAGAGGGAAGCAACGACCAGACGGCCGACAGGACCUGCAAGGCACGCUACAAGACCCCCUACAUUGUGAAACGUCGCCGCUGGGAGCGCCAACAACAAGAAGAUUCACCCAAGCCUACACCUGCCAGUAACAAUGCAGAUCAGCAGGACUCUCCUCCCCCUCGACAACCAACCAGGAGGCCGGGGCCGCACAAGAUCCCACACCCGUUCCCGGUCGAAAUCCAGGUCACGGAGCCGAACGCCUGGACUACAAGAGCUGAGGUGGGCAGACGUGGUCGCGGGAACGCAGCAUGGGUCUGA